UUAAGCUGCACAGUAUAUAUGUUUUCUAACUAACUAACUAUAACAUUUGUCAUUAAAAAAAAAAUGUCGUGUUGGCCGGAAUUGAAUUCGAACGGUACUUCUCACAGAAAGUACGAUGUGUUCAUCAGCUUUAGAGGCGAGGACACUAGAUUCGGUAUCACAGACCAUCUUUAUGAUGCUCUGAUUCAUAAAUCAAUAAAAACAUACAUAGAUUACCAGCUCAAUAGAGGAGAAGAUGUUUGGCCAGCACUUUCCAAAGCAAUUGAGGACUCAUACAUCUCCAUCAUUGUUUUCUCUGAAAAUUUUGCUACAUCAAAAUGGUGUUUGGAAGAACUCGUCAAAGUGCUCGAAUGUAGAAAAGAUCAUGGUCAAAUUGUUAUACCUGUUUUUUAUAAAGCAGAUCCUUCUCACAUAAGAAACCAGAAAGCCAGUUAUGAGACUGCAUUCGCGAAACAUGAGCGUGAGCUCGGGACCAAAGACAGCAUAUCCAACAAAUCUAAAGUGCUUAAAUGGAAAGCUGCCCUUACUGAAGCAGCCAAUAUAUCUGGAUGGGACAGUCACACCUAUGAGAAAGAAUCUAUCCUCAUUCUCAAAAUUGUGAAUGAUGUAUUGGAAAAGCUACAACUGAGGUACCCUAAUGAACUAGAAGGCGUGGUGAGAAACGAAAAAAACAGUGAAUGCGUAGAAUCAUUACUGAAAAAAUUUCGAAUACUUGGAAUUUGGAGUAUGGGCGGAAUGGGAAAGACAACCAUUGCCAAAGUCUUUUUUGCCAAACACUUUGCCCAAUAUGACCAUGUUUGCUUUGCUAAUGCAAAAGAAUAUUCACUUAGCAGGCUUCUCUCUGAGCUACUAAAGGAAGAAAUUUCUGCAUCCGAUGUUGUAAAAUCUACAAUUCAUAUGAGGAGGCUGAGAAGUAGAAAAGUUUUGAUUGUACUUGAUAAUGUGGAAAGUUCAGAUCAAUUUGAUUAUUUAUGCAGAGACUACCAUGACCUAACUCAGGAUAGUAGACUCAUUAUAACAACAAAAGACAAACAAUUGCUGAGAGGAAGAGUUGAUUGGAUAUAUGAGGUCAAGCACUGGGAAGAUCCAAAAUCUCUAGAGCUUUUUUGUCUAGAAGCUUUCGAGCCAAGUAAUCCUCGCGAGAAGUAUGAGCAUCUCUUGCAAAAGGCAAUCACUUAUGCAGGGGGCGUUCCACUUGCCCUUAAACUUUUGGCUUUACAUCUUCGUUCAAGAGAGAUUGAAUUUUGGGUAAGUUCUUUCAAGAAACUCGAUAAGUAUCCUGAUGGCAGAUUGCACAAAGUUUUAAGAGUGAGCUAUGAUGAAUUAGAUGCACUGCAGAAGAAGAUAUUUCUUGACAUUGCAUUCUUCUUCAUAGGAGAAAAGAAAGAGCGUGUGACAAAGAUACUAGAUGCUUGUGGUUUUGAACCAAACAGUGGAAUAGUUGUCCUCAAAGACAAGGCUUUGAUAACUGUCUCAAAUAACCAUACAAUACAAAUGCAUGACUUGCUGCAGAAAAUGGGUUCGGACAUAAUAUGUAAUGAUUGUGGUGAAGACCCUGCAACACAUACACGACUGAGUGGAACAGCAGCUUUUGAAGUAAUUGAAGAAAACAAGGGGAGUAGCUCAAUUGAAGGGAUAAUGUUGGAUUUGUCUCAAAACAAUGUUUUACCUUUAACUUCCGAUACAUUCACCAAGAUGAAAGCCUUGAGAAUUCUUAAAUUCCAUGCACCCUCUAGCCUGCAGAAAUGUACUAUCACGUACCCCUACCUUCCAAAAUUUCUUAAGCUAUUUUCAAAAAAACUUAGGUAUUUUGAGUGGUAUGGAUACCCUUUUGAGUCUCUUCCGCAGCCUUUUCAUGCUAAGUUUCUUGUUGAGAUCCGCAUGCCGCACAGCAAUGUUAAACAACUGUGGCAGGGGAUGAAGGAACUAGGUAAAUUAGAAGGAAUUGACCUGAGUGAAUGCAAGCACUUAAUAAAGCUUCCGGAUUUUUCUAAGGCGUCAAGUCUUAAAUGGGUUAAUCUCUCUGGUUGUGAGAGUCUAGUUGAUCUUCCUCCAUCUGUUUUAUGUGCAGAUAUGCUUGUUACUUUGAUACUGCAUAGGUGUACAAAGAUUACGAGUGUUAGAGGUGAAAAACAUUUAAAUUGUUUGGAGAAGAUCAGUGUGGAUGGGUGCAAGAGUCUGAAAAUUUUUGCAGUGUCCUCGAAUUUAAUUGAAAACUUGGAUUUAAGCAGUACAGGAAUCCAAACACUGGACCUAUCAAUUGGGAGCCUUGAAAAACUCAAACGACUUAAUCUAGAUAGUUUAAAACUCAACUGUCUUCCAGAGGGGUUAUCUAGUGUGACAUCUAUUAGUGAGUUGAAAAUUUCUGGCAGUGCACUAAUAGUUGAGAAACAAUUGUUAGAGGAGCUCUUCGAUGGAUUACAAUCCCUACAAAUACUACAUAUGAAGGAUUUCAUAAACCAGUUUGAACUCCCCAACAACAUCCACGUUCUAUCAAAGUUAAAGGAAUUAAACCUUGAUGGGAGCAACAUGAAAAGGUUGCCUGAAAGCAUUAAGAAACUUGAAGAACUGGAAAUUCUUUCUUUGGUGAAUUGCAGGGAGCUUGAGUGCAUACCAGAGCUUCCACCUCUCGUCACACUGUUAAAUGCAGUGAACUGCACAUCCCUGGUUUCAGUGUCAAAUCUAAAAGGAUUAGCAACAAUGAUGAUGGGAAAAACCAAACACAUUUCAUUCAGUAACAGCUUGAAUUUGGAUGGACAUUCACUCAGCCUUAUAAUGGAAAAUCUCAAUUUAACAAUGAUGAGUGCUGUGUUUCAAAAUGUGUCUGUAAGAAGACUCCGUGUGAAAGUUCACAGCUACAACUAUAACAGUGUUGAUGCUUGUCGACCAGGAACAAGUAUCCCGAGGCUGUUCAAAUGUCAAACAGCUGCUGACUCCUCCAUUACCAUUACGUUGCUUCCUGAACGUUCCAACUUGCUUGGAUUUAUAUACUCAGUGGUUCUUUCUCCAGCAGGUGGAAAUGGAAUGAAGAAGGGUGAAGCUCGAAUAAAGUGUCAAUGCAGCUUGGGAAAAGAAGGUAUAAAGGCUUCCUGGCUAAAUACUCAUGUCACAGAACUAAACUCAGAUCAUACUUAUGUGUGGUAUGAUCCAUUCCAUUGUGACAGCAUUCUCAAAUUUUAUCAACCUAAAAUUUGUUUUGAGUUCUAUGUUACAAACGAUACUACUGGGGAAGUUGAUAGUUCAAUUCAUAUUAAAGAGUGUGGGGUACGACAAGUAAGUGUUGCAGAAUUGGAGACUGUUUUGCCGGAAUUGGAAUUGGAUUCGCAAAAGAAAAAAGAUUUGAAGAAGGCAGUGGAAUUAGAAUCAGGACGUAGGAUAACCUUGAAGCCAAUUGUACAAGAAUCAAUUGAAGAGAAUAAUGAGAAUAAAAGCCACUUCUUUAAUGUGGAAGAGAGAAUCGAAUCUUCCAACAAGGAAAUCAAUACCAAUGCUGGAACCAGUCAUGAAGAGAAUGUUACAAACACUGCAAAAGUUUUAGAAAGCAAAGGAAUUGAAGGAAGACCAACAGAAUCUGAAGCUGGAUUGCAUCUUCCGGUAAUGUCAGCGGUCGAAGAAAAUGCAUCUGAUAACAAGUUAAGUGAAAACAAUUAUGAUUGGCAAGACAAUAUUGAUGAUGAGACCAAGCAAUCAAAAGGAAAAGCAAAUAUACAAGGAGGACAAGUUAUUGUUCCUGACACCAAUGGUUCAAUAAGCAAAGAAAAGGCACCGGUGGAUCUUAGCAAAUCCGAAGAUGGAUCUGACGAGGACAUUUUUUCUGAAGUUGAGAGGAUCCUGAAGGGAAGUCCAGAGUCCUCGCCAAAAGCAACUUGUUCCACAAGCGAUGAUGUUGCUGUAAGAGAAGCUUUGCAUAACCUUGAAUGUCUAUUGGAAAAAUCACUUGAGUCCAUUCUCUGUGAUGUAGAGCUACAAAAACAGUUACGCACGUCUUUGGAAUGCAUAAAACAAGCAACCCAUGAAAAAGUUUCUCCAAAUGUUGUGAAGCUUGUCCAGAAAAUGGCAUCCUCUAUUCAUAACCUUUUCGAUGACUUUGUCAUGACUAAAAAUGCUGUUGAGGAUCACAUUAAUGCUUUGCAAAAAAGAGAAAAGCUUGUGCAACUAAUAAGAGAUGGUAAGAAACAGAAGAAAUCAAUGAAGAAAGAAAAGAGUCGGUUUGAGGAUGAAGACAAGAGGCUCGCGGAAGAAGGUGAAAAGUUGGACGAAAAGAUUAGAAUUCUUGUUGAGCAAAAGAAAAGUAAUGAGCUGAAAAGAACCAAGUUGAAGGAAAAGAUGGAAAGAUGUGAAGGUGAAAAGAACAAAGUUGAAGAUGAGGCUAAGAAUAUGCUAGCUGAAAGCAAAGAGCUUAUGUCGAGUAUUAAGAAUUCUAAAUCUUCGUAUGAUACUGCUCUGUCAAGGCAGAAUAAAUUGGAAGACAAAUGGGAAGGCUUUAGGAUAGCUUUUGCAGCCAACCUGAUUAACAAUUCUAAUUUUGUUUUUGAAUAACAACAUUUUGUAACUAUAUGAACCAUGAGUUCAUAUAAAUGUUUUGUUAUUUAAUCGAAUUUACCCUUUA